AUGACCCAAAGCCAGCGGUCAAGAUACAUGAAGACAGGAGGAAUCUUGCUCUUCGUCGUGUUCUUAUUCUACUACCUGUCCCCAAGUGGAACCCAGGUAUCAAACACUGUUGGAAAUGCCGCCGAUACAGUUAAAAGUGGAAAUAAUGGGCAAUCACCAUCCGACUCAACAUAUGGGACGACGAAGUGCUCGAAAUCCUUUAGCAAGUCGAAACCGAUUGUUCAAUAUGCAAUCAUGAUUGAUGCUGGCAGUACCGGAUCUAGAGUUCACGUAUAUAAAUUUAAUAACUGCGGCCCCACACCAGAGUUGGAACAUGAGGAAUUCAAAAUGACUGAAAAGAAAGAGGGUGGUUCCGGAUUGAGCUCUUAUGGAGCCGAUGCCGAAGGAGCUGCAAAGAGUCUCGACAUGCUUAUGGAUGUUGCAGUGAAAACUGUUCCCGACGCACUCAAAUCUUGCACUCCUGUGGCUGUCAAGGCUACUGCUGGUCUACGAAAACUUGGUCCGGAAUUGAGCGCCAAUAUUCUCAAGGCUGUUCGUACCAGAUUGGAAACUGUCUAUCCUUUCGCAGUUGUAUCUGAUGAGAAGGGCGGAGUCCAGGUUAUGGACGGUACUGAUGAGGGUGUUUACGCUUGGAUCACUACCAACUUUUUACUUGGCAACAUUGGAGGCCCAGCUCCUGGAGAUACUGCAGCAGUUUUCGAUCUUGGUGGAGGAUCAACCCAAGUUGUCUUCGAACCGAAAUUCAAAUUACCGGAAAAAAUGGCUGAAGGUGAUCACAAAUACAAGCUUACUUUUGGCGGAAGAGAUUUCGAGCUUUACCAACAUUCUCACUUGGGAUAUGGUCUCAUGGCAGCCCGUGAAACAAUUCACAAGACUCUCAUUGAUGAUGUUCAUGCAGCUAAUCCUUCGGAUCUCUCCUGGACCGCAUCACCAAUCAUCAAUCCUUGUAUUGCACCAGGCAUGAACCGUUCCAUCGAUAUUGCAUUUGACGAGAAGCAUCCUCUUCGUGCUAAGUUGGGAGAAAAGAAUGAAUUCGUUAUGAAGGGCCCUUCUUCGCCAUCUCCAGCUCAAUGCCGUAAACUCGCAGAGAAGAUGUUGUUCAAGGAAGCCGAAUGUAAAGUUGCACCUUGCUCUUUCAAUGGUGUUCAUCAACCUUCUUUAGAAAAGACCUUCCAGCAUGAGGAUGUCUACACUUUCUCAUACUUCUUUGACCGUACCGACCCUCUUGGGAUGCCAGAAUCCUUUACUCUACGGGAACUGCAUGAUCUUACAAGCCAGGUUUGUGGUGGAGAGUCUCAUUGGGAUAUGUUUAGAAAUGUUCCUGAUGCCCUCAAGGAAUUGAGGGAUAGGCCCGAAUGGUGUCUUGAUUUGAACUUCAUGAUGGCUUUGUUGCACACGGGUUACGAAAUGCCAAUCGAUAGAGAGGUUAAGAUUGCAAAGAAGCUCAAGGGUAAUGAGCUUGGAUGGUGUCUUGGUGCUAGUCUCCCAUUGCUUGAGGUUGGCUCCGGAUGGAAGUGCCGUGUCAAGGAAAUCUCAUAG